AUGGCAGGCCUAGCGAAGGCCAUGGCAGCCAUUCAACAGAUGGAAGCAAAAGCCACCUCGAACAAGAAGAACUUCCGGCUCAUAGCCGACCCGUGCAUCAGUGUCGAAUCCUUGAAGCGGCCACUCCGUAACUAUCUAGAGUUUCACAAGAGCAGCGACAUGUGGUCGCUGGUGUGUCCGCCACCUGGCGGACCCCUCACCUUUACGUGGCACACGCCACCGAACGGAAGUUGGCUUUCGAAGUGCAUUGGACUGCUGUACGACCUCCUAGAAGUAGCUCCAAAUUCGAAGCUUCAAUCUGUGAAGCUGCUUCGGGCCUUGAAGUCUCUUGUCGAGGACAAGACCAUGAGCAUCUGUACUCGCAAGAUGACAGAGUCUGAUGUCUUGGACCGGAUAGACCUCAGCAUUCGGCUGCUCCUCUCGCACCUCCGGCAGCUCAAGCAGAACCUCUCCUUGAAGCUAAAAGUUCUUCGUAUGUGCACAGACGACGAGAAGAUGAAGAAGAUCAAUCUCACGUUGGACAAGCUGGAGCUGCCGAUGGAGCUUCUUGUUGGUGAUGCGAAGCCCUUGUUGGAAGAAGGGGAAGCGGAUGGUGAAGAGGAAAACGCAAGCCCAGUCAGGCCAUGCACGACCAUGGUGGUGUAUGAGCCGCAGCCCGCCUUCGUCAGCCCAGUCACCUCUGCUCCUCCGCCCACCUCCCAGCCCACCUCCCAGCCCAUCGCCAAGCCCAUCUCCACACCCAGCUCGUCGGCGAGAGUUCCAUGGACUCUUCCCCAGUUGCCACAGAUUUUCGCCAAGAUCAACCAGGGCACUGGCAGGCAGGAUCACAAAAAAACUUCCGAGGACGAGUGUGUGGCAAAAGGCAAGGCCAAAGCAAAGGUCUUGAAACCCAAGGCCUGCAGUCCCAAGGCCAAGGCCGGCAGUUCCAAGUCCUGCAAGUCCAAGGCCAAAGCCAAGACUUGCAAGCCGAAGGCCAAAAGCUCCCAGCCCGACAUCGCGAAGCCUGGAGACUCCAAGACCCAAACCCAGGCCUCCAAGCCCGAAGCCUCGAAGACCUCCAAGAACGAGCUGGACAUCCUUGCAGCAGCCAUGAAUUUGGUGCCCGACGUUGCCUUGGCGAAGAAGAAGGCGAAGAACGAGAAGAAGCAGCCGAAGAUCGAAAAGAAGACCGACAAGAAAGAUGCAGUGACCAAGAAGAAUGUCCCAAAAAAAGAAGAGCCCAAGAAGCCCAAGGCUGAGAUGACAGAUGCGAAGAUGCCGAAGGCCAAGAAGUUGAAGAAGGAAGGCCCCGAGGUCGCAGCGAGCGAUGUGCCUUUCCCCAAGCUUCCCGUGAAUUAUGUGUUCGAAGCUACCACGUAUGGCGAGUGCAAAGUCGAGUUUUACAAGCAGAAGAGUUACAUCCGGAACUACGAUGCAAUGGGCAAGAAGAGAAGCAUCAUCAGCAGCUGCCACCCCAAGCACCACACCAUUUGUGAGCAGCUUGUGCCACAUGUAAAGGAAGGGAAAUCCUUGCUGGAGCUUUACCAGUGUAGGAUCGACAUUGCAGUGCGAUCAUGUCUGGAGCGGCUCGGUGUCAACAACUGCUUGGACAUCCAGCUGGUCCGUGACAAGUACUGGGUUGAGGGCCGAAAGCGUUCGGAGCACCAGGAGGAUGCCGGCUAUGCCAUCGCCCAGCUCGACCAGGUGUUCCUGCCGGAGAUCUGCAGUGGCAAAGUUCUUGCAGCUUCGUGGGCGGAGGACCCCAAGCCGAAGGUGUCGGCAGAAGCUGGGCCUGGAGUGCCGUCAGCUGCCCCUUGGAUCAACGUGCCGCUGCCACCACCCCCGGUGUUGCCGUCCUGGCCGGCUUUUCCGCCGCCGCCACCACAGCUGGAUGAGGAUGCGGAGGAUGUGGUGCACUUCGUGCCUUGGUUCCUUCACAGUGAGAAUGUUUUCUUGAGUUCUGGUGGACCAACAGAUCCCUACGAGAUUAUCCCCAUGGAGGGCGAGGACGAGAGCAAGGAGGUCGAGGGCGAGGCCACCAAGCAUCUUACCUGCGAGAUCGAGAAACUCCGUGCUGCUGGGCUAGAAGAGGUGCAGGACGACGACGAGGAGCCCAACGAUGAGGCCCAGCAGGACGACGAGGCCGAGAAGGACAAGGCCAACGAAGACGGCAGCCAGUCGGAGGAGGAGGAGGAGGGAGAGCAGGCCCUCUUCGAGCUCGCGAAGCAGGCGAGGCAGCAGGCGGAGCAGACGGAGCAGGCGAAGCAGGAGCAGGCGAAGCAGGCGGCGACGAAGCUCCAGCUCUUCGCGACUGGUUCUAUGUGUUUUUUAUGA